AUGUUUUUCUUUUACGCUCAUUUUUUUUCUUCUCUUUCCUCUCUUUCAUGUCUUUUCAAAUUUUUCAAUGUUCUUCAUAUUUUUUAUCACCAUUUUAUUUCUUUUUUUCUUUAUCUUCUUUUCCAAUACUGUAAUUUCUUUCAUUCAUUGUUUCUUUCUUCAUUCCUUCAACUCAUUCAUAUUCACUUUCUUUUUCUUUGCUCAUAUUUAAUUUUUAUUGAGUUCUCUCUUUCCCUUCCAUUUUAUUUCAAUGCUUGUUUCUCCUUCUUCUCGCAUGUUUAUUUUAUUUUACUUCCUUUACUUUCGUUUCGUUUUCCUUCUAUAUGUCAUUCCUGUUUUUUAUAUUUUUCUUUCUUUCUUUGUUCAUUUUCCCACCCUUUCGUUAUAUAUUUCCUCGCUUCUUUUCUACUUUUCUUUCUUUUUUUCGUUCUUUCUUUCAUUCUUUCUUUCUUUCUACUGCCAUAUUCAUUUAAUCUUUCAUUAUAUCCACUCUUUUACUUUUUAGUGCUUUCUUCCUUUCUUUUCUGUUUUGUUCACCUUUUGCCAUUCUAUCUUUUCUUUUUCAUUUCUCUUUUCAAACCCUACUUUCUUGUGUAUUUUCUAAUUGACUUAGGUAUAAACGCCUUCAAUAUUUACUAA